AGGGCAGGGCCAGCUUUUUGAUAAGGAAUCUUCAAUUCUUCAUAGCCCAUGAGGUAGAUAAGGAAGCUAGUACAAAUUUCCCGGUCUAGAGAUGUGCAUUUAAGGGUUUAAAUGAUGUCGUUUUUAGUAUUUUAUUAGCCCUUGGCAAACUGAAAGAAACGAACUCUCUUUAUGAAUGGUAGAUUUUGAUUUUUAACGAGUGUAUGGCAAAAUAAUGGAUAAGGACUCCUAUAUACUAUAAAUAUAAUUAUAUAUAUAGAUGUGUUGUAUACUUAUUAAUUGAUUAAAAACUAACCAUAGGUUGCAAAUAUUUUUAAGACUUAAUUAACCAAAAUUUUCGAUUAUUGAGUCCCUAUUUAGCUAUGAGCUCUAGACGAAGGUCUACCUUGACUAGAAGUAGGAACAACUCUGGGUCUAAAUUGAGUUUGAACCCUAUAAGCCAUAAGGUAACAAACAAUAACUUCAGGAUCGAGUCAAAAAUCGAACCCUGAUCCAAAAUAGACCCUAACGGUAGGGUCAGACCAAAACUGAACCCUAGUUCAAAGUAGACCCUAACUUUAGGGUCGGGUCAAAACUUGCAAAUUCAUGUUACGUAAGGAGCAAACAUACAUGAGCACAAUGUAGAUUUGAUAUAGUGACAACCAUUUGAAGAGCCAACCUUGCUAUUCAACAUUAUGACGCUUAAUCAUAAGGGUUACUAGAUAACAUAUUACAUAUAUGUUGACUUAUUUGCUUUGGAUGAUUUUAAUACAAAUUCAUUAAGGUUACGAAAAGGAGCAUUUCAUUUUAAAUUAUAGAUUUCAAUUAUAAAAUCAUUAAGGAAGAAUUUCUAUUUUCUACUAUAAAACCUAUAAUUACCCACGCUAAAGAAUACCAACCUCACUACAAUACCUCCCUAAAAAAUACAUUCAACCACUUUCUUAAUCUCUGUGCCACUCCUAGAGGAGCAAUCUCGGGGGACAAAAAAAUAUUAAUUUCUCUAGCUCUACAAGGAACGCUAGAACUUAGCCAAGACUCGGCGACUAUUCUAUGACAUUAGUCUUUGAUGUUAGCUAAGAAAUGACGACUAUUUUCUAUGAUAUCUUAAUUUGUUAGUUAAAUCUCCAUGAUAUUCCAAUUUAAUGCUAUAAAUACCCAACCAUAUUAGUUCUCUAGACCCACACAAUUAUCUUUUAAAUUAAUCCUCCUCUCUGCAAUAUGAAUCAUUUGAAAUCCAUCCCCAUUGCCACCCUUCUCCUAGUUCUUGUCUCCCUACUUUCUACUCCGUCCAACGCAAUCACAUUUACUGUCAAAAACAACUGCCCAUACACCGUCUGGGGCGCUGCCGUCCCUGGUGGUGGCCGCCAAAUGAACCCUGGUGCCACUUGGAUUGUCACUGCUAACCCCGGCCAAACCGGAGCUCGCAUUUGGGCUCGUACUGGUUGUACAGUCACUGGGCCCAACGGGCUCAGGUGCACCACAGGAGACUGUGGUGGGAAACUCCAGUGCACAGCCUAUGGAACACCCCCUAACACAUUAGCUGAGUAUGCCUUAAAACAGUUUAACAACUUAGACUUUUUCGAUAUCUCCUUAGUCGAUGGGUUUAACGUUCCUAUGAGCUUCUUGCCUGAAGGUGGCCAGUGCAGUAGAGGGCCUUCUUGCAGGGCUGACCUUAACGGCCCAUGCCCUGGCCCGCUUAGGACCAAUGGUGGGUGUAACAACCCCUGCACUGUGUUUAAAACUGAUAAUUAUUGCUGUAAUUCAGGGAGCUGCAGUGCAACUGACUACUCCAGGUAUUUUAAGGGCAAGUGCCCUGAUGCUUACAGUUACCCUAAGGAUGAUGCUACCAGUACCUUUACUUGCCCUUCUGGAACCAACUAUAGGGUUACAUUUUGCCCUUAAUUAAAUAAAGCUUACUAAUGUUGUAUUAUUAUGAAUAAGACAAUAAGUGGAUAGAUUUCCACUUAGCUUUAUCUUUUCUGUAUUACUAGUAAUUAUCUUGAUUUAGUGAGUCACUAAAUUGCAAGAAAAGUUUAUUGAAAAUAAAAAUAAAUAUUUACCAUA